GACGAUCAAGGUGUCAGGCUGCAUUCAGCAGCUUAGAUUUAAAUAACUCUACAUUUUUAUUGGGUGAGCUGGACACCAGUUCUCACAGAAGAUGGAUCAAGGGUGGUUUAUUGGACGUGAGAGGAUCUCCUCUUCAAACUCUGAACAGCAGAUGUCUAGCUCUUGCAGCAGUUUCCCAAGACCCUGCAGGACUAUCAACUUGACUGAGAUGCUGCAAGCUAACAAACCUAAUGUAGAAAAGAAGCCGGUACCAAUCCGCCCCCCAAGCUCCAGAGUUUCUGUGCCAAGAGAUCAAGGGCUCCGCCGCAGUCUCUCCUGUGAACCUACACCUAAACCCAUAAUCCGAGAAAGGUCUCACUCUCUGCCUCCCACCACAGUAAAGAAGAAGCAAUGCAGACAUGUUGGUGUAAGGUUUGUUGACUCUUUGGGGCUUGACCUGGAAGAUAUCAAGCAUUUCAAAGCUGGAGAUGAUCCAUUUGUACCACAUCAUGUUACCUUUAGAUUGUUGAUGGCUGCGGAGUUGGCAGAUGGAAGGCAUUUGGAGAUAUCCUUGCCAUACUUGAAGCCAGUUUUUGCCCAACAACCUGGCGACCAACCAGGGUUCCUGCAGCAUCUCCAUCAGCAAAAAGUGUGUUUGGAGAGAGUCUUGUGUUUUGAAUUGGGUAUCAUUGGAAUCACCCAGGUCCUCAAUUUGGACUUUGAGAAAGAUAUCACAGUUCGCUAUUCAUUUACAGAGUGGAAGAGCUGCACAGAAACAAAGGCCUCAUGGGUUUCCACCAUCACCAAGAACUGGGAAGGAGAAGGGGGCCAAAUCAGUUAUGAUACAUUUCGUUUCCACCUGCCCGUUCCUCCAUUCUUGCAGCCAGGAGCAGUGUUAGAGUUUGCUAUCCAAUACAAAGUCAAUGGGGCUGAAUACUGGGACAACAAUGAUGGAAAGAAUUAUAAGUUGGUUUGCCAUAACUAUAAGCUCAAUGUGCCCAAAGAGUGUGAGGAAAGCAUGGUGCACUUCAUUUAGGAUGCUUACUAAAGGCAGAAAAAACUGUUUAGAGCACUUUAUGACUGUAGCCAGCAAGAUGUAGUUAAAAUAUUUAACUAAACUGUAACUGUAGGAUUUAUUUGAAUCAAGUUAGACUCAGGCUUAACAGCUAACUCUGGACAAACAAACACUAGUGCACUUAUAUUUGAUGCCAGCAUUAUUGCCACUGUUUAUUUUUGUAAAAAUGCACAAUUUUGUUUGAUUUUCAUAAAAUUGCACUUUAAUAUGGAAUAAUCCAGUGAAA